CGUGGGUGGUAAAAGUUUUUCCGCCUGCUGCCAAUUUAUGCACCAACGUAGGCCAAGUCAGGGAAAUCAAAAAGGAAUCAAGUUCCAGUGUUCAGUCCCUGAUUUAUUCCAUACAAAAUCAAAAUCGGAAAUAGCGUAAGAUUUUCAUAAAGUCGAAAAGAAAGUAAAUACUCUUGAUUAUGGCAGAAAAUGAAGGCCGCAUCAAUGAACAUAAUAAUGGCAGUGCACUUUUAGGCAAACGCAAACGUUCCUAUACUCCAAAACUGGAUUUGUUACCAUUGAAAAGUUAUUGCGAUUUGAGCCAGUAUGAAGUAGAUCGAGUGCAAUCGGCCUUAGAAGCUACUUCUAAAUUGGGUGAACCCACCAAAAGGAAGAGGCAUGUCCACAAGAACUUGCAAACUAAGAUGGGCUCCACAGCAAUUAAGAAAGAACAUUUAAAAGCUAAGCAAAAGGUUGAAAAAACUACUAAAACUAUUAGUUCCACCAAAAAGAAGGUACAUAUUCAAGAGGUAUUAAAAACUAAGAAAGAAACUUCCGAAACAAGAAAACAUGUUCUAAAACACAAAAUGAAAGAUAUUAAAUCUGCUGAAAAUUUUACUAGACCACAGAAGAAGAAGUCACAACCUUGUAAAAUAGAACAAGAGGAUCUUCCUGAAGAAGAAUGUGAUGAAAAGUCUCAGGAACCUGGAACCUCUCAAGAAACUGUCGAUAUAAAAAAGAAUCGUCGUCUACAAACUGCCUUAAAAUUACUCGAUUUUGUCGAAGGAAAAUACGAUGGCAGUGAUAGCGAUUGGGCGAUGGAUUCAGUUUCACUAUCAUCUGAAAGUUUCGAUGCUGCCAGCGAGGGUGGUAAGAGAAGUACUCAACGGUUGCAAGCCCAGAAAGAUCUGUCGCCCAGGGAUUAUUUUGGUUUCUGCAGAGAUUGUCGAUCGCGGUGCAGAAAUUGUGGAAGACGUCCUUCGGCGGUAGCCAUGGAAAGAAAUAGAAAAGAUAGAAAUUGAAAAAACAAAUUCA